GCCUUACUCACAUGCAGUGAACACUUGGGAUGUGUAGAUAAGAGUGGUGGACUACAAACUUAUAAUUGCUUUUAGGAACAUCAUUCUGAAUAGUAAUUUAUCUGCAACUGAGAUGAAAAGGCGUAUGCAUUUAAAAAUUGCACUAGUAAUCAUUUACAUGCUUGUGCACUUGCAAUGGAGCUGCACUGUAGAUCCAUGUAAAGAAGGUGAAGUCUGCAGUAAUCAAAACGUGUAUGACCAAACUGUGACAGCAAUCCCUGAAAAAGUAAAAGAUGGAGCCGAAGAAAUAUUUUUUGUACACAGUCAGAUUUCUGUGAUACCAAAAGGAGUUUUUUCUAAAAACCCUCAAAUAAAGAAAAUUGAAUUUCUUGGCACUUCAACACACUUAGUAGAGGUUGGAGCCUUUGAGGGUUUGCCUGAUAUCAUGACCAUUGAGAUAUCUGGCACAAACGUGACAUCAUUACCUGUGGGUGUUUUUAAGGAUCUCAACAACCUUCAGAAACUUGUUUUAAAAAGUAACAAAAUACAUAGCCUUGAAAACGGGUUAUUUGAUGAUUUAAAAAAUCUUCAGGAAUUACAACUACAUAUGAAUGAGAUCAGUUCCAUUGAGGAGGGGACAUUUGACAAUUUAGAGAAUCUCUUGAAACUUCAUCUUGCAAAAAACAACCUUAGUUCCAUAUCGACAUCUCUUUUUUCCAAUCUUAAGAGCUUGAAAAUUUUCAGGCUUUAUGAGAACCAGUUGACUGCUCUACCUGAUGGGAUUUUGGAUAAUCUCCCUGAUUUGGAAGAGAUAGCCUUGCAAAAGAACCAAAUCUCCUUUAUAAAACCAAAUUUAUUUCAACACAAAAGUAAUUUAACAAAACUAUGUUUGGACAAUAAUCGUUUAACAGAACUGCACCCGGGUCUAUUUGUUGGUUUCUCUUCAUUAAAGACUCUAACUCUGAACAACAAUCAACUCACCAGUCUUCCCAAUGUCCUUUUUGGAGAAAUGCUCAAACUAUCUGAAUUAAGUCUAAGCCAUAACAAUCUCACUCACUUACCUACUGGAGUUUUCAGCCCACUUAGGAACCUAAAGAAGUUAGACCUUUCCUCAAACCAGUUUUCAAUUAUAUCUGCAGACUUUUUUGAAGGUCUUGAGAAAUUGACUGAUCUGAAUCUUCAAGAUAACAAUAUAGAGUCAUUAAAACAAGAGGACUUUAAAAACCUAAAGUCUCUUAAAAUGCUCAAACUGGAAAAUAAUAAACUACAAAGCCUCCCUGGUGAUGUUUUGGAUGCUCUUCCAAAACUCAGUAAAUUGUACCUGGACAAGAACCCAUGGAAGUGUGACUGUAACCUGUUACCAUUCUAUGAAUGGAUGAAGAACAAUAAGGUCAAGAUUAAAUCAAAAUCUCCAGAAGUUUGCAAGUUUCCAGAAAAUCUGCUAAAUCAAUUAAUCAUCUCUUUAACAGAAGAACAAUUAAUAUGCCUCACAACUUCACCACCUACCACCCCUCUACUUACAAGUAUCAUUCCCAUGAGCACACUGCACACCACAACUUCCUCAACAACACAGUUAACUUCAACGACAGAAGCACCUACAACAACUACUGCUAUACAGACGACAACCACACCUAUUCCAACAACAAUACCAACAACAGCUCAACCAACUACAACACAGACAACCACCACAGCACCAACUACUCAACUCACAACUUUGCUACUAACCACAACCACACUACCUACCACCACUGCUACAACUACAGCUCCAACAACUACAUCAGUCCAAACCACAGUAUCGACAACUACACUACAGCCAACAACUACCCACCUGACAACUGCAUUGAUUCCUACCAAUCAACAACGACAGCUCCGACGACUACAUCAGUCCAAACCACAGUUUCAACAACUACACUACAGCCAACAACUACCCACCUGACAACUGCAUUGAUUCCUUCCACAUCAACAACGACAGCUCCGACAACUACAUCUGUCCAAACCACAGUAUCGACAACCACGCCACAGCCAACAACUACCCACCUGACAACAAAUUAAACAACAAAGAGACAAAAAUAAAUACAUAAUUGACAAUUAUAAGACCGUAAAGGAAACGGGUCAAUUUAGCUAAUUUUCUUAGGUUUCAGUGGGACAAUGCUAACCUCUCUGCCACAGGAUCUGUUUCAGAAUCUAAAAGCAUUAUCAACUUUAACACUGGGUAACAACUAACUAGAAGUUAUCCAACCAUCUCUUCUCACCCCUCUUGUAGUUUUGAACAAAUUAGACCUAAGCAGAAACCUUCUAACCUCUCUGCCAGAUGCUUUUCGGGGAUUAGAAAACCUGUAACAGCUCAAGUUGCAGAGAAACUUUACAGAUUUCUGAUUGAGUUCUUUUCAAGAAUCAUCUCAAAGCCCUGUUCCUGCAUAGAAUCAUUUAACAGAUAUACCAGCAGUUAUCUUUGAUAAUCUGGUGAACCUUGAGACAUUGCAUCUUCAAGACAUCAAAAUCACACAGCUUCCAGCAAAAAAAAUUUUUCAAACUUGCCAAAGCUGAAGAAACUCUACCACUCCAACAACAGGUUAUCGUUGCUUCCCAGUGCAUUUUUUUUAAUCUUCCCAAU